AUGACAUAACAGGACUACGUGAAUCAAGUUCACGACAAAUCGUCUGCUUAGAUUCGAUUUCGCGAAUUUUCUCAACUCAAUUGUAUUCUUGUUGAUUAAUCAAAUGGACUCGAUUUGAAGCCACGUGCAUUUGAAAACUUUUUGUCCUGCCUUAUCCAGUCUGGAUUACGACAGCCCUAGGUAUACCUUGCCGUCCAUUGUGUCCAUUUUAUAUUAGCGUGUGGCAUAACAGUCGCUAAUUAGAAAAAGAAAAAUCUGAUUUGUUCUUUUUAGAAUGGUUACAUGCAGUUUAAAAGGAGGUGCAGGAGAGAGACGGCCAAACAACAGUGUCCCUAGUAGUUCGGGGGUCCUAGAUGCCAGCAAUCACCCUACUGGACAAGCUGAAGUCAUGUGUAGGUCAGAUGAUGAAGAAAAACAUAAUGGGACAAGUUCAAACUCUCUUGAUGAUUCACUACCUAUGGAAUUAUGUCCCACUAUUCAUCCAGUCCAUAACUUAAAACUGGACCAUCACGAUCACCCCGAAACUGUAAGCGUGACGCUUUAUGUAAAAAAUAUUGCCAAGGAAUCGUUAAGAGUGGAUUUUGGGGAAACAUGCAUUUCUGUAACCUUCCGUACGAGUGAUCCUGGAUUUUUAAAGCAGUAUCCUACGUUUGGGGCAGAAGAUGACCUUAUGCAAUGGCAAAUCGAAACUAGAGGAACUAUUGUGCCUGAAAAAUGCACAUAUCGCCUUAAACCUACCAAUUUAGAGCUGAAGUUGAUUAAAGCCGUAACUAGCAAGUGGGAAUCCCUGGAAGCCACAGUUGAUUCCUCUUCGACUGUUCCCUCAAUUCAAAAAGAGACUUGGAUAUCUCUGGCUCCGCCAAAAGCAGCAAAGCCUUCUCCUGCAAGCAGAAAAAAAUUUGAAGAAGAUGCUAGCCAAGAAACAAAUUCCAUAUCUCUUUCACCCUCUGCAGAUUCUGUUGUGUCUUUCAAGGCAGGGUAUACUGGUCUGGGAAAUUUGGGAAAUACCUGCUACAUGAACGCAGUAUUGCAGGCAUUGGCCAACACAACACCCCUCAAAAACUAUUUUCUAGAUAAGAAAUUUCAAGCCGACAUCAAUCGAGAUAAUCCAUUAGGAUUCGGUGGAUCUCUGGCUAUCGCCUUUGCUAUUAUUUUGCGUCAGCUAUGGAGUGGUCAACGUGAUUCGAUUGAACCCUCUCAUUUGAAGAGUUUACUUGCCAAUCGUGCCUCCCAAUUCUCCGGCUACGCACAGCACGAUGCCCAAGAGUUUAUGGCCUUUCUCCUCGACGGCUUGCAUGAAGAUCUUAAUCGUGUCAAGACUAAACCCUUGACUACUCCUGUGGAGUCAAAUGGAAGGCCAGAUCACAUCGUUGCCGAUGAAGCCUGGCAAGUGUACAAGAUGCGCAACGAUUCCGUCAUCGAUGACUUGUUUCAAGGCCAAUUCAAGUCCACCCUCGUCUGUCCCGCCUGCCAGAAUAUUUCUGUCACUUUUGAUCCGUUUCUCUAUCUGGCCUUACCUCUGCCCCCCUCUAAAUCGUGUUUUACUGUGACUGUCUACUUUGACGGUGUCGAUGAAUCAGUGGAGUUGACUGGAACUAAAAGAGGAGCCGUCAAAGUAUCCUUGUGGUUAGAUCCAAGCCAGCGCGUUCAACAAUUAAAAGAAGAAUUGAAGCGGAUUUGUGCGGGUCGAUUUCGCCAGCCCGACUCUGAAAUUGAGUUAGUACAAGUCCGUGACGGUCUCAUCCGACGUUGGUUGGUGGACGCUGCCCCACUCAGCUCGCUCCAGAACACCAAUCAUUCAGAUGCUUUACUUUUGGCUUUUGAAACAGCUCCCAGUGAUAAUGGUUCGCUUGUCCACAUUGCUGUUAUUCAGCGAGUGUUGAUGCCGCUGGAUGAACACACUCACUGCACCGCUUGCAAGAAAGAAAGUGAUAUCCUUAAGCGGUGCAUGAAAUGCUACAGCGUUGCUUAUUGUGACAAGAAUUGCCAACGAACGCACUGGAACGCGGUGCACCGUACCAUGUGUCGCCCCAAACCGGAUAUAAUCGCCCAACCGUUUGUCGUCAGUCUGCCGCCAUCUUCGCUCACCUACCAGAAACUCUACCGGUCGAUGCUUUACUACUCCAGGUUCUCGGUUGAGGUGGAUUGCCCUCCGUCUGCUAACAACAGCAGCAAUCAAGAUAUGGAUUCGUCUUCAUCAUCGUCGUCGUCUUCUUCUUCUCCCCAAGAAGAAGGAGAAGUAGAUGGCCUACAGCAAUCGAAGCAGGAGCAACCGAAAGAGUACCCCUUGUUUUUCAUCAAGCCGAUCGACUCGCAAGGUCAGGGCAUCGAGAAGAAAAAGAGACUAGAGGAUCUUGGUGACAAGCCAUUGGAUUUCGACGCUGAUGAAUCGCCCAUCUUCCUGUCUCUUGACUGGCGUAACGACGAGCGUUCGGCCAAUCACUGCUCCGUCACCGUGAAAUCACCGACCGACUACGAGGAUCUCAGCCAAGAGAAUUCCGAUCCGUCGGCUGACGGUGACAUCUCGCCCAACCAACGUCGCCUUACCUUGCAUCAUUGCCUCCAGCAAUUUAUGCAGUCGGAAGUUUUGAGCAAAGAAGAAGCCUGGUACUGCCCCAAAUGCAAAGAACAUAGGGAAGCCACAAAACAAAUGUCUGUGUGGCGGUUGCCCGAGAUCCUCACCAUCCAGUUGAAACGCUUCUCUUUCCGCAAUCUGAUGUGGCGAGACAAGAUCGACCAAAAGGUCCACUUUCCUGUCGAACAGUUGGAUUUAUCGCCUUACUUGUCGAGCAUCACUGAACACGGGGCUGUCUACGAUCUCUAUGCGGUAGUCAAUCACUACGGCGGCAUUUUGUACGGUCACUACACGUCGUUUGCCCGUUGCCCGGCAGCUACGUCUGACAAGAGCCAGAAAGAUGUCGUUGGGUGGCGUUGCAUGGACGAUCGUCAAGUGCGAGACAUUUGCGAAGAAAGUGUCGUAACGUCUGCUGCUUACCUGUUGCUUUACCGAAGACGUCGCGGGUCGCCUGGUCCGUCCGCCAGCCCUGUACAGCUCAAUUACAGCGAUCCCGAGGAGAUUGAUUGAGGCGAGAGGGGGCAAAAAUUAAGGUAGUAGUGUUGUUGAUACGGAGAUGACACGUGCGCUACAAUCAGUCUGAGUGAAAUCCGUUUCGCUGGCCCAAAGUGGUGACCUACCUAGCUAUAACCCCCCUUCCUCAUCACUAGUUUUCUCUCUUGCCUCCCCAUCAUAGAGUGGAGCUUCUUGGUUGCUACUGUACAUGGUCAGCUACACAGCAGAGUUACCUCGGGCAUCCUUUUCACUAAUCGGCUUGUUUUCUUUACAACUUUUUAUAUACCUCGUAACUAUUUAUUUCCUUCUUUUUUUCUAUAUUCUACAUUUUUUUCUAAUCCUUUUUUUUCCUACAAAUAUUUACCCUUUUUUCCCUCCCUGCGGCUUCCUUGCGUGACAGUUUUCCAUUAAAAACUGUCUUCUAGAUGAUCGCUCUAGCUGACUCUUUGUCCUCAACCGCGUCUAGGUUUCAACGACACACCUUUUCUCCUUUCUCGGGAAAUUUCGUUCUUGCGCUCAAAUCUAUAAUUCUAUAUAUCUAUCAAGUAUUUGAACCUAAUUUGAAGAACGAGUUGCAUUGUGUCACUGUCGCCCGCCUCGUAUUCCUAUUUGAAUUGACGUGUCAGGCUGUUGCAUAGAUAGAUCCCAGGAAUCGAUUAGUACUUUCUUUAUGCGUCUUGUUCUCGUUUGAAUGUAGUUUUCUUCUACCUCCGGCUACACUGUACUUGUCCCCUUUCUAAUUUUUCGUCACUUUUUCCUCGGGAAUGUGUUCUGUGUGUGUGUGUUUUUUUGCCGGUUUUCGAUUUCUUCUACCCCCCAUUUUGAUAUUCAUGAAGUGUUUGAAAGUUGUUUGCGAUGCGCGGAUAAAUCUGUACUGGGGGGUAACGUUAUUCUUGCCAUCAUGCUCUUGUAUCGCAACAUGUUUUCUUCAGCACCAGUAAAUCGUUUGAUGAAUUGGUCA